CACUAUUCAAUUUCCUUUUUAAAAUUCUAAUUAGUUUUCUUAUCACAUAUGGAGAGUCAGAGUUUGCCAUUUUGAAAGGGAUUUAAUUAAAAAUUAUUGAUUAGAUCUCAUAUAUCAACAUAAAAACAUUUAAAAGAAAUCACCAGAUAUUAAUACAUUUGUCUUUAAUUGCGGAUGCUUUGUUGACUUAUUAUCAAUAAUUAAAAUUAUUUAAUCAUCUAUCUGUUCGAGUUUAACCAAAUGAGAAUCGCAUAGCAUAGCAAGUCUUGUUAAGUUUUGUAACAUAAAAAAAUCUUUACUUUUAAUGAUGAAGAAUUGAUUAACACAUCAGAAUCAACUCCAAAUUCAUCAGGAAAUACAGAAAAACCAUAAUUGUUGGUUUUUAGAAAUUAAAUAAUGCCUGAUUCAUAAAUUGCAAGAGAACUUCAUGAGGCAUCAAUCCAGUCACAUUGGUAUGUAGAAACACCCAAAGAGUAUGUGGAUAAGCGUGUAGUGAAACUCAAGAAAUAAAAACUUGAAAAAGUUGUUGUGUUGGACCUGGAUGAGACUUUGAUUUACUAUAAACCUAACCAGACUAUCGUUCGUCCAUUCUGCUAAGAAUUCCUGGAAAGAUUAUCGAGAAUCUGUAUUUUAGUACUUUUUACUGCUGCCAAAAAAGAACACGCAAUAAACAUGUUAAAAAUUAUAGAUCCAAAUAAAAAAUAUUUUAAGGCCAUUUGCACUUCAGAUCACAAUGAUUGGUAAUAUAUUGUAAUAGUUGAAAAUUCUCCAAAAAAUUUUGUUGCCUAAAUCAACAAUGGUAUACCUAUCAUACCAUUUGAAGGUUAAUAAAAUGACAAUUAACUUGAAUUGUUACUUUCGUUCUUAGAAAUUGUUCUAUUAGUUGAUGAUGUACGCGUUCAAUUAGCUAAUAUCUUUAAACUAUAAUAUUUUUAUAAGGAACUGAAUGGAAAAUAAGCCAUAAACAAGUUAUAUAAUUUAAAAAAAAAUUAAUGA